CGCCCCUCGGCCUCGCUGCGUUCACGACCUUCACGACCUACCAUCAUCUAUCACCAUGCCAGACUGGGAUACCCACAUUCGCCGCGGACACCCUGUCCUCUUCGGGACCUUCAUCUUCUUCAGCAUUAUCGAGCUAGCGAUCUCGGGCUGGCUUACGCACAGAUAUAACUCGCGCCAUGACUUCCUCUCCACAUCCGUGCGCAAUGACGUCGCGUUCUUGGUCUUCGCCUCUGUCUGGACGCUCGUCUUCUCCAUCGUCUACCUCGCCCUCUUCCUUCGCGCGCCCGGCUUCGGUAUUGCCACAAGCGUCCUCAGCCAUCUUAUCUUCCUCUUUGUUACGUGGGUGUUCUGGCUGUCCGGAGCCGCUGCGCUCACUGCGGCACUAGGAGGCAGACUGGAUUGCAGUCAUCACUUCGUCUACUGUGGCCAGCUCAAUGCACUCGAAGCAUUCGCGUGGAUCAUUUGGGUGAUCUCCACGUUCGCCCUCGUGGUCGUCUUCCUCCGGGCCAUCACUGCUUCUCGCCGCGGAGACGGCGCUAAGGGUCCUCUCGUUGGCUAAGGAUUUCAUGCCUCGUCGUGGUAGCCUUCUCAUUAUCUUGUUGUAUGCCGAAAUCCCCCUUCACGAAUCUGCCACGAUAUAGUCUGGUGUCUUCUUGUAUCGCUAGCUCCCAUUUAAUUCUCGGAUUACUGUUCGCAAUAAUAUUAGUGCGCUCAGGCUCGUAGCUCGAGCACUGCA